AUAAUUUUGAUCAUUUUAUUCAACAAACGGUAAAUUGUUGACAUUUAAACAUCAAUCACAUUCAAUUCACCAAUCUGCAAGAUACACACACACAGGAACAGAACAAAACAAAAAAAAUACACAUUCAUUAAGUGUUGAUCCUAUUUUGAUAAUGUCACGUCGUAAACAGCCUCGGCCAAAACAUUACGCUACAACAUCCGAAGACGAAGAAGACGAACAGAGUGAGAUAAAUAAAGUUAACGGAAAUAUCGAUAUCGACAUUGAUAGUGACAAAAUCGGCAACAAUAAGGAUAGCAGCAAUAUUAUAAUCAGUGAUUCUAAUAAUCAACAACAGUCAUUACAACAACAAAAUAAUUCUGUUGCAUAUAUUGAAAAAUAAUUUAUGAUAAAAUAUGGUUAUAAUAAGUUGACUUUUGCCUCUCAUCAAUAUCUUGAUGGUAAUCACC